GAUUUCUAAAGGAAGUGUUUUUUCUUCCAACUCUUAAUACGGGAGACGAGAAAAUGAUUGCUGGUAUUGCUUGCUUGAUGUCAGAAAUUGGUCAGACAGCACCAUCUUUGAUUUUGAAAGCAAGUCCUGAGGCAGUAAUACUCAUGGAUGCUCUGUUGAGGUCAAGUCUUGCAGGUUGCAUUCUUGGGCAUGAUUUGAGUGGUGGAGGAGAUAGAAAGAAUAUACAAGAAGUGAACGAUUCUAUGUUUAUUGAUGAUGGAGAAGCUAUUGAUCUGCCUGAUGGCCUUGUUCAAUUUUGGAUGAAUUUGGUGGAACUUUUCGUUGAUAUCUAUCAAAUUUUUGGCUCUGCUGCAUUCAGGCUAUCUCGAGCUACUGUGUUCAGCAUUAUAACUUCAUACUUUUUGGAUGCUUUUCUAGGCGUUGAUCAGCUCAGCUUCAACAACCUAAGCAUUCAAGACUAAAAUUGAACUUGUUUGAUUUUCAUAUUUAGAAUGCCUGUAGAACUAGAACCUCUUUCGGAUGACUAUUCA